AUGAAUUGUAAUAGUCGUGUGCUCAAGGACCACUUUACUCUACCACCGGAGGAUUCAAAUGCCAGAUAUAUCAGUGAAUUAACACACAAUGAACAGUUAUUGAAAGAAACUAAAUUAAAACAAUUUUUGAUAACAGAACAAAAGCGAUCGAAAUUGUAUAGAUCAUUAAUUGCUAAAGUUAAUUCCAGUUGUAUAGAUGAUAAACUGUUAUCUAAUUUACCCAGUGAAUCAGUUCUUACUACUUUGAAUCAAAAUACAUCGUGUGACAGCGCGAGCAGAACAGAUUCUCAAAAGUGCAGUAAUCGUAGUGAAGUAUUAACCAAUUCAGAAAAGUUUUUCACACAAUCACCUAGACAAGAAACUAGUUUAUCUAGUCGUACAAUAAUAACAACAACAACAAAUAAUACUACACAUAAUCAUUGCAAAUGUACUGAACAGAGUAUUGAUGACUUGUCCAGUCGUGCUAAGGCGUUAUCACUUCAUAGUUUCCCUUAUCUCGUGAAAAGUUUAAAACUUAGAACUUCUAGCUUAAACGAGCAUAAAGCUAGACAAAUGAGACAGGCUGUUGGAAGACGUAUUUAUUCAGAUGCUGAACGUAAAAAGGUCUGUGAUCUACGUCGAAAUAAAGAAGAUUUAAUUUUAUCGGAAAACAUUAAAGCUAAAGCUGAAAAACGUUUUCUUAAUGUAAAAUCUAAUAAAACUCUUAAAUCGUCUAAUUAUUUUGAGAGAAAUUCAACACAAAUUCUGUCUACUAAUAGAGAUAAUUUGACAGUAAAUGAUCAUAGCAACUCAAUUGACGAAAAUAAACUCAAUAAUAAUUCGAAUCAAACAAUUAAAUGUAAUUAUAAACAUACAAAUUUGUCCGAUACCAUGGAUACUAAAGAGAUAAGUCUGGAAAAACCCGAACGUGAUGGUCAUAAUGGCGAAAUGCUUUCCUUAUGGUCUCGCUUAUCUAAUCGUCUGAAUAAUAAAAUCCCACCGCUUUGUCUCUGCAUGGAAUAUUCUCGCCAUCAUAUUGAUGAAGUCCCACCAUGGCUGAAAUGUGCCAAUAAUUGUAAAUUUUAUCAUAAUCCAGAAGCUUUUCUCAAGGUGUUACUGGACUAUAUGCAGUCGCUAAACCUGUCAUAA